AUGAUUGAUGUGACAAUGCCAAGACAAGGAGCACUGGAGUGGAGGUCUAGGAUCCCAACAGGUUUAAUUGUGGCUGAGAGCAGCAAUGAGCAUACCAUUGAUUUGACUCAAGAGGAAAUUGUAGGUCAGGCUCGACUAGCAGUUGCUACUCAAAACUGGUACCGAGUUACACAGAAUAUCAAAAAUGAUGUCAGUCAACAAACUUGGAUUCCUUCCUUAUCACUUCCUCUUAGUCUCUGCAUAGAAGCUAGAACAAGUGCAGAAGAAGAGUGGGGCUUGGAAACAGGACCAAAAGAAGCCUGGAAAGCUUAUGAUGAUGAGUAUAGCACACAAGAACCAUCUGCUAAUCAAAACGAGAAAAAUGGUUUAGAGAGUGAUGAUUUCAUGCAAAAUGGCCUGCCAACACAGCCUCCGCAAGAUAUAGAUCUACUUCAACCAGAAAGAGAACCAUACCAACCACAAAAGUCAAUGCAAGAUGUUGACAGCAAUGCUGCUGGGGUAAAAGUUCAAACUGGAAGUUGCGCAUGCGCUGAGAAAGUAAAGAAAGGCCUUCUCCAGUCCCUUCAAAGCUGCGUCAAUGUUCUCAAUGCUGAGGAAUCCUGUACAGGCCGUAACAAAAGAGCAGUUUAUGAGAUUGUGCAGCUUAUGUCAUCAUGUGCCUGCUCUCAAAAAGUUAAUAGGGAUCUCAUGCAAUCACUAAAGAGCUGCAAUGAUGCUAUGAUAACGGCCUCAAGUUGCACCUCAACCUUUGCUUCCUGUGCAGAGGUCAAGAGCUACAAUCCUGGAAGUGCAUCAGGUAACUACCAGUUAUAUAUUAAUAAUAAAACUAUACCGGUAUACUGUCAUAUGGGAGCUUUGUGUGGCAUUGAUGGAGGAUGGACUAGACUAGGAAUGCUUGACAUGACUCAAUCCUCUUCCACCUGCCCCUCUUCACUCCAGCUGAUUACACAGAGUAAUAUAAGAUUUUGCACUAAGAAUAAAGCCGGCUGUCAGUCUAUACCUAUCCCUUCACAGGGUUUGAAGUAUUCUCAAGUAUGUGGACGAGUCAGAGGUUAUCAGAGGUAUACACUUGAUGGUUUCUUAAACAGAGGAAUUGAUCAAAUUUAUGUGGAUGGCGUUAGCAUCACUCGUGGGUCUCCUCGUAAGCAUGUUUGGUCUUUUGGUGGAAGCCAAGCAAAUUAUCGUUGUCCAUGCAGUGGUUCUAUAAAACCUCCAUCAUUUGUUGGGAGUGAUUAUUAUUGUGAGUCUGGUUUUCCAGGUGGUCAUCGUAAUACUUUUGGAGUUACCGAUCCACUUUGGGAUGGAAAAAAUUGCCCAUCCAAUGAAGCAAAAUGUUGUUCUCCCCCUCUUCUCCCAUGGUUCCUCAAGAAGAUUGGAUCCACGAUUACUGAUAAUAUUGAGAUGAGGGUUUGCACUGAUGAGGCACCAGGUAAUGAAAACAUUGGAAUUGAUCAAUAUGAGAUAUAUGUCAACUGAACUGAAACUGUUUACAAUGAUUUUUUUGCAAUAAUUUAGGCCGUUUAAAAUUCAUUACUAUUUCUUCUUUUUGCAAUAAUUUAGGCCGUUUAAAGCUCAUUACUAUUUUUUUCUUCUUUUUUGCAAUAAUUUAGGCCGUUUAAAAUUCA